AUGGCACCCAAUCCGUAUAUCAUGGCGGCUGAAAACAGUCCUGAUUUACUUCCACUGCUUCGUGAGCGAUCGGAGAUUGCUUCUGGGCAGGAUGAACAUGGGUACUCUCUCAUCCAUGCUGCUGCCAGUUAUAAUCACCUACACCUUCUGCGAACUCUCGUGCAUGAGCUUCACGUGCCUGUUGACUUGCGGGACGAAGAUGCCGAGACAGCUUUGUUUGUGGUCGAAACAGUUGAAGCGGCCCGCUGCCUAGUGGAGGAGUUGGGCCUGGAUGCCAGCAUUCGUGGGGAUGAGGGCAUGACAGCAUACGAAAAGAUCGCCGCCGAGGGGGAUUUUCCGUUGGUUGCCGAAUAUCUUCAAGGCCUGGCUGAAAAUGUGAUUGGGGAUAGAGUGCUGGUGGCUGAGGACGUGUUGGCUCCUCCACAGGGCGUUUCGAUUGCCGUGGAAAGUUUGACGGCUGCUGAGGUCAAUGCUGGCACUAUGGCAGGCGCCACCACGGAGCCAGACCCAGAAUUUCGGCGGCGGAUUGAAGAGCUUGCGUCACGAGAGGACUUUCACACGCAAGAGGGACAGGAGACGUUACGACAGCUCGUGGAAGACGCCCUAUCCGGACAGAAUUAG